CCCCCAAUACCAAUACCCCGCCGUCGCCCGUCGCUGCUGCUUCCAUUGUUGAAACUUCCCAGUCAAACUAAAUUGGGUUUGGAAAGGGGAAAGAUCUCUCCAUUUCCCAGUCCUGAAUCAAAUUCCAGCCUCAGGAAGGAGAAACGGGAACAACCGGGAGAGCUAGGGAGAGAAUUAGAGACCACUACUUGCCUCCGGUGACCUCCCAAGGCAGAUAUUAUCUCGUCAACGGCGGAGGCGAGCCAGAAUGGAGAAGAGAGCAAGACCUUCUUUUAAUCCAAAUAGUUAAAGUCUCCUUCCUUGUCAAGUUGAAGUCUCCUUCCUCUCAUCCCUCCAUUCUUCUCCGUGUCUUUUCUACAUCCCUAGCUUCAAGUCCUCAACCUCCAUUUCUUCCGAUGAUCUGAGCGAUGGGCGGCGGCAAUCGAUGGUUGAGCCCUGAGGUGUAUUCUCUGUUCGCCGCGACAGGAGUUGUUGUAGGGAUUUGCGCCUUUCAGCUUAUCCGCAACAUCUCCGGCAAUCCUGAAAUCAUGUUAACCUCUUUUCCUCAGUAUUUAUUGCUGCAGAGGUAUAUAAAUGUUGAAAUGUCUCCACUGUCUCGGUUGACUGGUUUGCAGCCACUGUUGGAUCUUUGGCAGAAACAGCUGCCUCGUCUUAGUCGCCUAUCUUCCAGCUGUAGUCUUAUUGGGUAUACGAAUAAUGUAGAGCUUGUGUUGAACAAGGAAAUUGUUAUUGCUUUCCAGAGGAAGAUUGGG